AUGGCGGCCGUACGGGGCCUGCGAGUGUCGGUGAAGGCAGAGGCCCCGGCGGGGCCGGCUCUAGGGCUCCCGUCGCCUGAAGCAGACUCCGGUUUGGAGCGUGGCGAGCCGGAGCCCAUGGAGGUGGAGGAGGGCGAGCUGGAGAUUGUGCCGGUGCGGCGCUCGCUGAAAGAACUGAUCCCGGACACAAGCAGAAGAUAUGAAAACAAGGCUGGCAGCUUCAUCACUGGAAUUGAUGUCACCUCCAAGGAAGCAAUUGAAAAGAAAGAACAGCGAGCCAAGCGCUUCCAUUUUCGAUCAGAAGUAAAUCUUGCCCAAAGAAAUGUAGCCUUGGACCGAGACAUGAUGAAGAAAGCAAUCCCCAAAGUGAGACUGGAGACAAUCUACAUUUGUGGAGUAGAUGAGAUGAGUACUCAGGAUAUCUUUUCCUAUUUUAAAGAAUAUCCUCCUGCUCACAUUGAAUGGCUGGAUGAUACCUCCUGUAAUGUGGUUUGGCUGGAUGAAAUGACAGCCACACGAGCCCUUAUCAAUAUGAGCUCUCUGCCAGCCCUGGACAAGAUAAGAAGCAGGGAUGUCAAUGAGGACAGGUCAUCGGAGAAAAGUAAAAAAGAUAAGCAGGAAGACAGUUCAGAUGAUGACGAGGCUGAAGAAGGAGAAGUUGAAGAUGAGAACUCAAGUGAUACAGAGUUGGACACAUUGUCUCAAGUAGAAGAAGAGUCUCUGCUAAGAAAUGAUCUUCGUCCAGCUAACAAACUUGCUAAAGGAAAUAGGUUAUUCAUGAGAUUUGCUACAAAAGAUGACAAAAAGGAACUUGGAGCAGCCAGAAGAAGUCAGUAUUACAUGAAAUAUGGGAAUCCAAAUUACGGAGGCAUGAAAGGAAUUCUUAGUAAUUCUUGGAAGCGAAGAUAUCAUUCCCGUCGCAUUCAGCGGGAUGUGAUCAAGAAGAGAGCCCUGAUUGGGGAUGACGUUGGCUUGACGUCCUAUAAACACCGACAUUCCGGACUAGUAAAUGUUCCAGAGGAACCCAUUGAAGAGGAAGAAGAGGAGGAGGCAGAGGAAGACCAGGACAUGGAUGCAGAUGACAGGGUGGUGGUGGAGUACCACGAGGAGCUGCCAGCUCUCAAGCAGCCCCGGGAGCGGAGCACCUCUGGGCAGUCCAGUGCCAGUAGUUCAGACUCUGAUGAAAUGGACUAUGACCUAGAAUUGAAAAUGAUUUCCACUCCUUCACCAAAGAAGAGCAUGAAAAUGACCAUGUAUGCUGAUGAAGUGGAAUCCCAGUUGAAAAAUAUUAGGAACUCCAUGAGGGCAGAUACUAUAUCCACAAGCAAUAUCAAAAACCGAAUUGGUAACAAAUUACCAACUGAGAAAUUUGUAGAUGUCCGACAUCUGUUAGAUGAAAAACGUCAGCACACAUGUCCACGGCCACCAGGCAGCAAUACUAAGUCAGAUAUACGCCAGCGGUUAGGAAAAAGACCAUAUUCUCCAGAAAAGGCUUUUGGUAGUAACCCAGUCUUUCGGAGAGAGCCUUUUUCUGAUGUACAUAGUAGGCUGGGUGUUCCCAGGCAAGAUGUUAAAGGCCUCUACUCUGAUACUCGGGAGAAGAAAUCAGGUAGUUUAUGGACGCGCUUAGGAUCUGCACCCAAGACCAAAGAAAAGAACACGAAGAAGGUGGAUCACAGGGCGCCAGGCACUGAGGAAGAUGACUCUGAGCUGCAAAGGGCAUGGGGGGCUCUGAUAAAGGAGAAAGAACAGUCUCGCCAAAAGAAGAGCCGGUUAGAUAACUUACCAUCUCUCCAGAUUGAAGUUAGUCGGGAAAGCAGCUCUGGUUCAGAGGCAGAGUCCUGACGCCCUUGGGGCUAAUGGCAGCUGCACUAAAAUCUGACAUUCUUGUGCAGGGUGGGGUGCACAGUAGGACCCUUCCGCCCCCCCGCAGGAGUUGGCGCCCCCUCCUGCUCUUACACAGUCACCCUCAGCUCUUGCUGCUUCAGCAAGACAUGUUAAGAAUGUGAUGUGUUUUGAAGGGCAUCUGUCUAUAUUUUGCUGCAGAGUAAGAGUUCUGGGCCCUCAAUCCUUUCCCCACUACCCCACAAGCUUUACCCUUUGAGGAAAAGGCAGCCCUCCAGAUUUUGUAGAUGUUUUUCUUAAUAUUUUUAACAUUGUGCUUUUAAAGAAAUGUUUUACACAGUUCAUCCAAAGAGCAGAGAACUGAACUUCUCACUAUUGCCUUGGCCCUGACAGCUGUUACCAGCACCCUUUUCCCAAGAAAAGUCAAUUCCCAGGUGCUUAUUGGACAGCCUUCGAGGGGGAAGAUGAGGGAAGCUGCCAGCUCACCCUUCCAGGACCCUAGUGUGGGGGCCGGAUCUCAUGGACCUGACCUCAGAGGUGCACCAGUGCCGCCCAGGUAGAUAAGAGAUGCAGCAUCGAUCGUGCUUCCGUUCCUCCCUGGGGAUUUCUGUUAGGGGCAUCUUAGCAAUCAGCUUGAAGUGAAGAUCCAAGUUCAGUGCUGUGGGAUUUUUAGGAACAAAAAACUGUGACUUCUGGAUUUGGGGUGGAUUUUUGUGCUAGGGGUGGGGUCAUGGAUUAAUGUUGAACAAUUUUUAAGUCUGUAUUAUGUUUAAAAAUAUUAAUGAUUUAAAAGUUUAAAUUUUUAAUUUUUAUAUGUGAAAGUAUUUCCUGUUGGCUACAAGGGAAGAUCAAGUGGUGUCUUAUGUGUGCUGUUAAAUAUAUAUUAUAUACUUUGGAAGAAGGCAAAGAGAGGAGUCUCAUUAUUUUUAAAUGAUCCUAAUUGUAUAGUCAGUCUGUUGUAUAUAGUGUUCAGCUUGCUUUUUGGCCACUGUAGGAAAAAAAUCCAUCCAUCUGAGAUGGGGUCCUGUUGUUUAUUAUCACUUCAGAAGUGAUACAUUAGUAUUUAUUCUUUCUAUUUCCAAGUUCUGGCACCUGAAGAUAUCUUUAAAACUGGCAAAUAAGAUAAUAGUAAUAGAAAUUUUAGUUUAUUUCUCGUUUACUUCUAAACUUUGAGAUUAUUUUAAAGGCAGUAGAUUACUUUGUCUUACUAUUUGAUCUUUAUUUUGAAGUAUUUAAUGUUCGUAUUCCUCUACAGGCUUAAAAAUAGUGUUUCACUUCAAUUCACUAGAACUUAAGAAUUAGAGAUAGUAAGCCUUUGUCCCUUUGUGAUGUCACAACUCCUCACCUGUCUGGAGUGUUUUAGUACCUGGUGCAGCCCUGGAUUCUAAGGAUCUUUACUUGUGGCAUUGAUAGUUGAUUACAGUGUGGUGUGAAUGCAGAACACUGCUGCUAAGAAAGGAAGGAAAGGGCUGUGGGGCUUGAGAGCCACAGCAGCUGUACUCUACCAUGUUUUGUUGCUGUACCUGCUUUUCAAUCCCUUUAGAAAGAUUAGAGGCUAUUAACUACUGUAUGUUUCCGCCUCCUCAUCGGAUUCUUGGAGAGAGAUGGUUCUCUGCCAGUUGAGACCUAACGUUUCUGAGGUUUCUAGCUUUUUUUGCCCGGUGGAGCAUACAGCUGAGAGCCAGGUUCUUGAGAAGGGCAAGGUCUGGGGAGUUGGUAGAGUGAGAAGGACAAGGACCUGAGAGUCCGAGACCUGGAUGCCAACCCCUGGUUUCUGUUCCAUGGGCCUGGGCCUCUAGUUUUCCCAUCUGGCAAGUGAAUGGGCUGGUACCAGAGCUUCUGACUUUGUUGGUGCAUCUCAGUGGUGUUUUACUCUUCCCGAAGCAAUGGUUGUGGUGGGCUGGCCAGCACCAGUUUCUGUUGCAGGUGUGGGGAGGGUCAAGAAGGGCAUGCAUGAGGUUUGGGGCAGGGAUUGACCUCCAUCCCAUUUCCAUUACAGUCUCUGGGUCUUCUCGUGGGACAGAGAUGUCCUUGUGGUCAGGGUCCUAACUGAUGUGGUCUCAGCAGUGUUCAAAAAAAGCCCUUCUGUGUUUCCCAGUCACGACCUUUUCCACCAGUAGUUUGAGCCCAUCUCUCCCAUGGCCUUAUAGUCCUGGCCAAUCUCCUGCUAGAGAUCAGGGAAGGCUUUCUGAGAAGGUGGUGGUGUGUAGUCAAAACUGGGCCUUUGAUCUUACCAUGAAAAAUGCCCACUUCUGCAGCCUUGUAAUUCUUACAAACACACAGACCCCAGAAAAGUAUCUUUGAAGAUUUUACUUCCCCAAGUUAUUGUUGGCCACCUCCUCUUGCUCUCUGGCCCACACUCAGGCACUCAGAUCUUACAACAUCUUACAUGUGCUCUGAAUGCCCAGGCCCUUUCUUUGGAGUUUGGGAGUGAGGGUAGACAGUCAGGAUGGCCCUAGUGGCAGCUCAGUGUGCCUGGGCGCUCCUUAUGUAUGUGGGCACCAGGGCUACAGACUUUUCUAUAUUCUUCUUAGUCUUUAUGCAUAUGAGAUUGCAAAUACAUUGCUGCUGCUUGAUAGUAAUUGCAGAUACCUCAUUUCUGUUUCCCACUCUCCCUCUUGGGAGAGACACCAGCUACCCAGGAGAACUUGUGGAGCCUGUGACAAGCCCUCCUCUGGCCCCUUUUUUUGUCCCAUGAACUCCUCCCCUUAGUUCAAUCACUGUCUUCUCCCACUUCAUCCCUGUGACAGCUCCUCCCUGAUCUCUGCCCCAUAUCCCAUCCCUCCAUCUCUGUUCUGUGCACUGCAGCUGGGAUGAACUUUUGCUGUUUGCAGCUUUACUGAGCUGUUAUUUACAUAGUGUACAGUUCACUCCUUUCAAGUAUACACUUCAAGGGCACUGGCUGUCUCAGUUGGAGGAGCAUGCGACUCGAUCUCGGGGUUGUGAGUUUGAGCCCCACAUUGGGUAUAGAGGUUACUUAAAAAUAAAAAAUUUUAGGAAAAAAAAGUAUACACGUCAGUGGCUUUUAGUAUAUUCACAGAGUUGUGCAGCCAUCACAUAGUCAAUUUUAGAACAUUUUCAUCACCAAAAACAAACCCUAUAUCCAUUAACAAUCAUUCCCCAGUCCCUCUUCCCUCCUGGCAACCACUACUUUUGGUUUCUGUGGAUUUGCCUUUUUUGAAUGCUCAUGUAAAUGGAAUCAUACACUUUGUGGCGAUUUGUGAUUGGCUUCUUUCACUAAACAUAUUUUUGAGGAUCAUCCGUGUUGUAGCCCGUAUUAGUACUUCUUUUUAUUAAUGAAUAAUAUUCCAUUGUAUCAAUACAGUACAUUUUAUUUACCCAUUCAUCAGUUGAUGGACAUUUGGGUUGUUUCUACUUUUGGCUGAUGUGAAUUAUGCUGCUAUGGAACAUUUAUGUACAAAUGUUUGUGAUCAUGUUUUCAUUACUCUUGGGUUAUAUAUCUAGGGGUGGAAUUGCUGGGUCAUACGGUAACUCUGUUUUAACCUUUUGAAGAACUGCCAGACUAUUCUCCCAAAUGGCUGCAUCAUUUUCCAUUUUCCCCAUUAGUGUAUGAGGGCUCUGGUUUUUCCACGAUCCUCGACAACACUUAUUUCGCAACGUGAAGUGGUAGCUCCUUGUGAUUCUGAUUUGCAUUUCCCUGAUGUAUAAUGAUACUGGGCAUCCUUCCGUGUGCUUCAGAAUGAACUUUCUUAAGAAAGUUAUUCUGUUAUUCUUCUGCUUAAAACCUUUCCAAAGCUUGGAAUAAAUUCCAAACUCCAAUGAUAGCUCACAAGGCUUGUCAAAAUCUAACUUCUGGUAUCUCUGGCCUGUUCUCCCCAACCUCCCCUGCCCUGUGCCCACUAGUUACUUGGACCCAUCUUGAUCUCACCAGCCUUUCACAACUCUGCUCAGUGCUUUUCUUCCCCAGCAGUGACACACUCCCCUGGACCUUUCUCCCUUCUGCCUAAGCCUUGCCUUCUCUUUUCCCUCAUCCUCAUAGACUUAGAGGUGGCUGCCUCCAACUUCCAGAGCCAGGUUAUGGGCCUCUGCUACACAGUGCUGUCAUGAAUGAGACUCUGCUCAUUUCAAGGUUGGGCUAUACAGUCACACCUAAGAUAAAAAUGGAGUGUAAUCAAAAUUCCUCUUGGAAAUCCUGGGGAACAUGCCAUGUUGAAAACCAGCAUCGUGAGAUCCAGCACAGUUGGUUUCUGCCUGUGUGGGAACAGAUCAUAGUUUCUUUGGUUGAGCUCCAGCUGAAGUGGUAGGCCUGCAAUGAAGGCCAUAUUGUGGAAAAAAAAAACCACUUAUUUUUAGGUGUUAAACUCACUCAGGCAAGCAACUCACUUUUGAAGAGGCUCUUGGGAACUGUAACAAGCCACACAAGCUUACCUUAGGUGAGUGGAGGGGCAGGUGAAAUGGCCCAAAUGACUUAAAAUUGUUUUCCUUUCUCCUUGUCAUUUUAAAAAUUUUCUCAGGAGACUAUACCAUUGUGUUUGCCUAAGUGAAAUGUGUGUAUGAUGCCAAAUCUCUGUAACCGCCCCCCAGAGCCAGCACGGCUAUACACUGAAUUGUAAUUCCCUGUUCCUACUUUGUCUUUUUUGCUAGAUUGUAAGCUCCAUGAGAGUAGGCACCAUGUCUGGUUUGUUCAUGGGGGUUUCUCCAGUCUUAGAGCCAUGCCUGGCACCUAGCAGGUUAUCUGUAAACAUGCGGUGAAUGUCUAAAUCCCCCAGCUGCAGGAACAGCUUCGUUCUCUGAGGCCUGGGGUCCUCUUACAGGCUAGUCCUUGUUUUCUGCCUUGUACACACAGUACUUGAUGUUCAUGUUUUAUUUUCCCUUUUAGCCUGUGAGCUCCUAAUGAGCAGGUGUCUUCAUGUUGUUAUCUCUGUAUCCUCCCACCAUGCCAGUCCAGAGUAAGGAGUACUUAAGAAGUGUUUGGUAAAUGAGUGAAUUAUGGUAACAACCCAGCUCUGACUCCUUUGCCUAUAGGCUAGUCGAAAUCUAGCUGACAUUACCAGAUUGAAAAAGAGGAAGAUUAUUCAGAAGUACAUAAACUGUACUUGUAUAAGAAAAAAAUCUCAUUAAUUAGACCUCCAUAAAAUUCAAAUUUUGGUGAUCUGGCCAUAUCUGAGCUGAAGUGUACCUGCUGUAUAAAGAAUUUGCAAGAGAAUCAUGUAGAAUAUUUUUUUUGGAAAGCAUUCAUCUGCCCCAGGAGAGCAGGAAAGGAAGCUGGUAGGUGGAUGAGAGGCCCCAAAGAGGGACUACUGAGCCAGUUCUUAGCUUUGGGUCCUAUGGGAAAGGAAAGUGACAGCAGUCCAAAGAAGGCAAAGAGAAAACUUGUUCAGGCAGCAGCUCUUUUGCCUCCAGUAGCAAUUCCAGCUCUCACUCGAGUGUUCUUAAAGUUAUGCUGCAGUGCAAACGGGCCGUUUGGGUUCACAGUAACAGCGAACCAUGGCUUCACAGAUUAAUUAAUUGCUGUACAAAUCAAUUGGGUAUAUAAGUAUUUGCUUUUAAACUUUAUAUAACAGGAAACAAAUGAAGUUAAAACAUUUUUUUUCCUUUAAGAACUAAAAGGACAGAAUGUUUUUGAUAAUUUUGAGAAUAUCACACUUGCUUCAAGGCAGAUUAUUGCAUAAUCUGACCAACAAAAAUCCAGAACUUUUCUUACAUGUUUAUAAAAUAAAUCUUAGAAGAAAAAAUAUGGUAAGCAUUUUUUUUAAUGAAAUUCUAUGAACAUUUCACAAGAUUUUGAUGUUCCUGGGAGCAAUUAGGGAAAUGCUGGCUCAAAAGCCUAUUUUGGAUUGUGAGGCACUAAAGUGGGAGUUUCCUGUGCUAUAGAUAAAACUCUAGAGUAUGGGUGGUAUUAACCUGCCAAAGUCAAUACCCUGCCCUAGGGUUCUUACCUGUUUUUGCUCGAGCAAUUCUGAGGCCCUCUGUGCAUGACCAGAGUCUUCAGUAGGUGAAACUUUGUGUUAUCUCAAAUUGUCUGUCACCCUCACCUCUGACUGUAGGGUAGUGAAGCUGUAGGUUAGUGAAGCCAAGAGGCCCACAACAUUGGCAGGAGAGGAGACAUGAUCUUCCUGUCCCUUCCUGGCUGUUUGUGUGUUUAAUCAUGUGGUGCCUCCCCUCUUGUCAUUGGCAAGGAUUACUCAGAAAGCCUAUGAGCAGGAGGUUGUACUUUUAGCUCAGGUAGAGUGUCUUUGGGGGAAGGUCAAAUAGAAUGAGACUGGGCCUGAAGCUUGGGGACUCAUUUUUUCUCACAUACAAACUGAACAAGACUGAACAAAUCCCUUCCCCUCUCUGGACCCCAGUUUCCCUGUCUGUCAGACGAAGAGCUCAACUGGGAUGGCCUCCAGGUUUCUUUCUGUUGCUAAUGUGAGUUCUAGGAUCUUUGCUCUACCUUUGCAAAGACCAUUAGGAGCCUAAGUUGCACAGGAAGGAGGUAGGGGCAAGCAAGAGGCCCAAGCCCUUGGACCCUUGGUCCAUAAACCAACCCCUCAGCUACAGAAGAACAAGAGGAUCCUCUCCCUUGCUUCCUCCGCACUAAGCCCACCUUCCCCAACACACGCAUGCAUGCACCAUUCCAUGUUUUAUUUGGGAGGCUUUUUAGGAAGUAGUCCAUUGUAUUAGCAUGGGCUGCCAUAACAAAAUACCAUAGACUGAGUGGCUUAAACACCAGAAAUUUAUUUUCUCACCAUCUAGAGGCUGAAAGGCCAAGAUCAGGAUGGUAGCAUAGUCAGGUUCUAAUGAGGGCUCUCUUCCUGGCUUGCAGACGGCCAUAUUCUCAUAGUGCCCUCACAUGGCCUUUCCUUGGUACGUGCACAUGGGGAGAGAGAUCGCUCUUCCUUUGCUAAGGCCACUAAGCCUAUUGAUUAGGGCCAUACAUUUAUGACCUUAAUUAUCUCCUUUAAGGCCUUUAGACCCUAUCUCCAAAUAAACUCAUGUUGGGGGGUUUAUGGCUUCAACAUACGAAUUUGGCAGGGGGCGGGGCACACAGUUCAGUUCAAGACACCCAGUAUAUGUUUGUGAAAUGAGGUCUCUGCUUUUUAAAAGCUCACAAACUGGGAGAGAUUUAGCCCUAUGGGUAUGAGAGGAGUAGGGUUGUAGUAGUUCAGAGUCCUGGUACUGGAAGAGACAGACCUGUCUUAAGUCCCAACUCUGCCACUUAUUAGCCAUAUGGCCUUAGGCAAGUUACUUAACCUCUCCAGUCCAGUAUUCUCAUCUGGGAAAUCAGGAUAACCAAGUAGGGUGGCUGUUAGGGUCAGAUGAGGGCUUUGCAUGGAAGGCCCUUGGCACUGAGUCUGGCACUCCCUCCUUAGUGCUCAGUCAAUGGUAGUGAUUCCUACCACUCCUCAGAUUGCCCCCAGCUGCCCUUUGCCAGCUCUGUCCUCCAUUGCAGCCCUGUCUCUGUAAGUCCUCAUGCUUCCAAAUGCCCUCUACCCAGCUUCCCAGAACUCAGAAGGCUAGUGGGUAGUUAGAACGUCUUCUAGGCCUACAGGCGAUGAGGCAGGACUGUGGGAACAGCCCCCCAUCCACUGGUGAAUGCAGAUACCAGAGCUUUGGACUCACUCUCAAAACAGAGCCGUUAGUGCUUUGACCUCUUGCUGAACAGGUCAUCUCCAUCCUGUAACUUUUAAGACUUUUUAUUUUGAAAUAAUUUCAAAAUUACAGAGAAGUUUCAAGGAUAGAACAAAGAACAUUUUGCAAUAUUUUAUCAUUCAUUCUUUCCCUCCUACCUUCUGUCCCCCCAUCCCCACCUCUGAAGCAUGAACUAUUUGAGAAUGACUUGCAUACACCUAUCCCUUUACCCUUAAAUAUUUUAGUGUACAUUUCCUAAAUUCUUAGGAAAUAAGGACAGUCUCUCAUAUGACCAUCACAUAGUUCUCAAAUUCAGGAAGUGUAUAAUUUUAUCUGAUCAGCACAGUAGUAUCUAAUCUUUAGUUCAUGUUUCAUUUUUACCAGCUGUCCCAAUGUUUUUUGAAGCUUUUUUUUUUCCUGGUCCAGGAUCACACUGCAUUUUGUUUCCUCUCCUUAGUCUCCUUUAACCUGGAACAAUCCUUUAACCUUUGUCUUAUGGAUAUACUGAUAUUUUUGAAGAGUUCAGCCCAGUUAAAUGUUGUAGAAUGUCCCUCAAGUUGGUCCCUUACCAUUUGUCUAAAACCUGUAUGAGGCUCUGAGCAGAAGCAUUGUUGAACAUAGUCUCGCUCUUUUCUUGGGAUCUUAAAUUUGGAUUUGUGGGGACAGCAGUUACUAUCAGAGGGACAUGCCGGACCUAUGUGUGCUCAUGAUUAGUAUUCUGUCAUGCUGACACCAGCAAGCUUGGAUAAAUACAUCUUUGAGGGAUGCAGGAUGAGUCUGCAUUCUAGAAGUCUCCAAAGAUGCAGAAAUGGCCCUGCACCCUGUCCAGCCUCCAGUCACCAGCUUGGCUUGGCCUCCUGAGGUGCCCUGAAGUUCGUACUCCAGACAUGAAGUCCUGCUCUCAGAAAUCUUGAGCAAGCUGCAGUCCUGGGUUCUAACAUGUCCCUACUGCUGGUCUGUUCUGCUCUGUGGCCUGGGGCUACUCUCUUCCCCCUCUGGGUCAGGGAUGAUGGGGAGAGGAGCUUCUUCUGGCUCUGCCAAGUGCCCCUGGCACUCCAAACAAGUGUGGCGUAGGGGGAAAGUCACUGAGCCCUGGGGUGGUGGGAAAACAGGCCAGGACUCUGGACUAUGACAAGGUUAAGCCAAUUUGGAUGGUCUUUGUUGUGAUCUGGCAGGCAGAUCAUCAAACCUGGAACUUUGUUUCCAGCUGUCAGACAGUGUCCGAAAUGGUGAAUUGUAAUCUCUGUUCAAGCAACCAUAUAGCAUCAGGGAACUAUCACAUUAGCUGUAGGUAUUUUGUCAGACCAAAGCAGACAAUGCAAACAUGUUUUAAGUGUCAUUGAUCUCCACAAGACUUUGGCCAAGCAAGCUUUCAAUGUGAGAAACAAAAUAAAAUUGAUUUUCGUCUUGUCAUUAAGUCAACACCCUUGUCUGCUUUGUUUUAACACUUGCACUAACACUUCAGUGUGCUCUCUCUGGGGAUGCGGACAUUUCAUGUGAGAGACAUAGACUCUCCUGCCUUUUUGAAUGUGAAUUCAUUAAAAUUAAAUACAAUUUAAAAUUCAGGUCCUCAGUUGGCACUGAUAACGUUGCGAGGGCUCAGUAGCCACAUGCAGUGUUGGACAGUGCAGAUCUAGAACACCAUCAUAGUUCUGUUGGACAGCACUGCUGUACACUACAACAGUCGGGGAAGCAGGGACACUUCCU